GAGAGCAGUCAGGACGCACGGAGGGUUUCCUCGACAGAACGCACGGAUCUGCGUAAAGUCAGUCCAGGCUGCGCACAAGGAGGUUUUCCCGGAGCGUUUAUGCGCGUGCUCUCUGUGCGUUUGCGCCGUUUUAAAUCUGGAAAAGCUGCGGGAUCUGCGGGUCUGACACAGAACGUUUGACACCAUGGCUCCAGCUCUGACCACCCUGCUGUUCUUCAUUUACACCUUCACUGUUUCAGCGCUGGAAUCAACUUCUGAACAAGUCGUCCCUCCCAAACGUCCACACAUCACUGAGUGUUUUUCUGCCAACAUGGAGACUUUCCGCUGCAGAUGGAGCGUCGGAUCGUUCCUCAAUGUGUCUGAGCCGGGAGAUCUACGACUGUUCUACGUCAACAAACCGUCCAUAACCAAAGACUGGACGGAGUGUCCUCACUACAGCAGCGACAGACCCAACGAGUGCUUCUUCAACGAGAACCACACAACCGUCUGGACCAACUAUGGAGUCCAGCUGUACCCCAGGGAUCUAAGCGACCGCUACGACGAGAACCACUUCAACGUCUACGACAUCGUGCGCCCGGACCCACCGUUCAGCCUGACCUGGACGCUGCUGAAUGUGAGUUUAUCGGGUCAUUUCUAUGAUGUAAUGCUAAACUGGAAGCCGCCUGAGUCUGCAGACGUGCAGUCUGGAUGGAUGAGGCUGCAGUACGAGGUCCAGCACCGCGACAUCGACUCAGACCUCUGGAAAGUGGCCGACCUCGUGGACUCCACUCAUCGCACCCUUUAUGGACUUGAGACAAAUGUCAAUCACGAGGUUCGGGUUCGGUGCAAAAUGUUCGGUGGGAAACAAUUUGGAGAAUUCAGCGACUCGGUUUUGAUCCACAUCCCCUCGAAAGUGUCGAGGUUCCCAGUGGCAGCUGUGCUCAUCUUUGGGGCCUUGUGUUUGGUGGCCAUCCUCAUGUUAGUCAUCAUAUCACAGCAGGAAAAGUUAAUGGUUUUACUUUUGCCUCCGGUUCCUGGACCUAAAAUAAGAGGAAUUGAUCCUGAACUGCUCAAGAAGGGGAAGCUGAGGGAGCUGACGUCCAUCCUGGGCGGCCCCCCCGACCUGAGGCCGGAGCUGUACAACGCUGAUCCCUGGGUGGAGUUCAUCGAUCUGGACAUCGAGGAGCAUCAUGACAUGCUGACGGACCUGGACACGCACUGCCUCGUGGACCGCUCUGUGACUUCCGGCGGCUCACCAGUGUCCAUCGGAUUCAGAGAUGACGACUCGGGCCGGGCCAGCUGCUGUGACCCAGACCUCCCCAGUGAUGCCGAAGCUUCGCUUUUCCAUCCUCUUAUUCCAAACCAAAUGCUCAGGGAGGAGUCGCCGUCUGAGGUUCCCGCUGUGGGGGAGCCUCCUGUUCCGGGCCUGGGUCGAGAGGCCAUGUACACCCAGGUGAGCGAGGUCCGGUCGUCUGGAAAAGUGAUUCUGUCGCCUGAGGAGCAGACUGAGGUGGACGACCAGCACAAGGAUACGGUGGCAGGAAAGGAGAAGGAAAAGAAGGAGCUGAGGCUUGUGGUGGAGAACGUAGAUAACUCUGGAUACACGUCAGAGCUGAACGCAGGAAAAAUGAGCCCCGGAGACUUCAGCGCUGAUCUGCCCCUUUCUACUGGGGACAACCAGAGACCUGAGACCACCACCCUGUCCCCCCUCCACCCGGCUCCUGUUUACACCGUGGUGGAGGGCGUCGACAGGCAGAACAGCCUCUUGCUGACAUCGAACUCAACACCUGCCCCUCAGCUGAUAAUCCCCAAACCCAUGCCGACACCAGAGGGCUACCUGACCCCUGAGCUUUUUGGAAGCAUUACACCAUAGAUCGACGGUGUGGUGGGGAGACGUUUCAACCAGAGGAACGAGAGACGCUUGGGAACAGUUUGAGACCGCGCUGAAGCCUCAGUGCUCAGUUCACAUGUGGCGGUUUAAAACAGUGUACAUGUAGUCAGUGAACUGAUCACAGUCCUGAAACCAUGCACAAAAAAAAAAAAAAAACAACAACAAAAUCACAAAAACAUCACAUGCAGGGCGUUGUACCGAGACAAACACAAAGGCCACUA